ACCUGUUAUCUCAGAACCACCUGAGUCAAUCGAUACACUUGGAGGCUGAACAGAAGGCAGAAGCUUCACCAGCAGACUGCUGAGAGGAAACUUCUCCUGGAAGAGCCAGGAAGCCUUUGAUCUUGAAUGAUUGCAGUUCGAAGACAGGAAGCCGACUGACCGACCGACCGAUCGACCGACCGACUGACUGACAGACCGAGCGAUCGGCCGACCGGCCAACUGACAUCAUCACUGAAUCCCUGGCCUCACACUUGGGACCUAGGAGAUUCCAGGAAGAAGUUUGAGUCCAGCAGGUCCACAGGAGAUCUACUUGGACACCAGCAGCCAAGGUCCAGGUCUCCACGGUCGCGGUCUCUGACCACACACAUCACAACCUUACCCGUCUUCAGAGCACACUCCAUUCCAAUCGACGACAUGAUAGAACCCUCUGAAGACUCAUUUGAGACGAUGAUGGAGCUUAAGAAUCCAUCAUCAAAACAAAUGGAGUCCUCCGAGGGCUCAUCCAACACCGUUGAGGAGGCACCAGGCAGCAGCGGAGCGCAGGCGGAGGUGGUGGGCUCAGACAGUGGCCCAGCCCAGGAAAGCAAGAAGCCACCCAGUGGCCCCCCCGAGGAAAUGCAAGAGCUUCCCACUGAUCCACUACAAGACAUGGAGGAGCCAUUCAGUGGCCCACAUGAAGAAGGAGAGGCUUCACCCAAUGACCAAAACACGGAGGAGUCAUAUGAUAGUUCACAACAGGAAGAGACGGAUUCAUUCAGUGAUGAAUCUGAAAGCCUGGAGGAUCCACCAAUCAACGUAUCUGAGACCCCGUCAGAGGAAGAUGACACUGACCUAAGUGAUGAUGAUGAUGAGGAUGACGAUGAUGAGGAGGAUGAGGAUGAAGAGGGGGACCAACCCGAAAAAUCUCCAGAAGAAAUCAUGGCCAUGAUGGGGUCCAUCAUCAGCACGUACCUCCGAAUGCAAGACGUCCAAGAACAACAGAGAUUGGCAGAGCGCAUCGUGAUGCGAGCCAUUGAUGAAGGCCGCCUGCCCCCCAUCAGGCCCUUCUCUGGAGAUCGCAGAGAUUACCAUGAGUUCAUUGUGCUCUGCCAAGUGACCCUACAGAGCUACCCAGCAAUGUUCUACAACGAUCCCCUGCGGGUCAAGUUUGUCAUGCGCCACCUGUGUGACCUGGCCUUAGACUGGGCCAACGACCUGGUGGAGCAGAACAGCCCAGUGAUAUACGACUUCUCGGCCUUCCUUGAGGCCAUGUCAGAAAAGUUUGAGUACCGGAAUACACUGCGCAUGGCCGAAAACGCCAUGUUCAACAUCAGGCAGGGCAAUCGCUCCGUGGCUGACUACAUCAAUGAGUUCCAGAGUCUGAUACCCACCUUAGGCUGGCCAGAUGAAGUCCUGCAGGCCCACCUAUGCCAGGGGCUCAAUGAAGACAUCAGGCAUUAUCUCUUCCGGAUCCCUCAGCCAGAAUCCCUGGAGAACCUGUUCGUGCUGGUCCUGCAAAUUGAAGAUAAGCUGGCAGAGAGAAGGGCCGUGCUCAGGCUGCCCCCGGAGUCCCGCCCCCGGAACAUGAACUGGAUGGACUCACCUGCCCCGGAGAAGUGGAUGGUGAGCAGCUGGCUGUCCCAUGUGUGCGAUCCCAACAUUGAUCGUGACCACCUCUUCCUGCUGCUCCUGGUGAGGGUGAAUCCCUACCACAGCGUCGCGGUGCGGGCCCUGGUGGACUCAGGAGCAGAAGGGAACUACAUGGAUGAGAGGUUCGCCCAAGAACACUACGUGGAGCUCUAUGAGAAAAAGUAUCCACAGACGAUCCAAACCGUGGAUGGCUCCCUGAUCGGCAAUGAACCCGUCUGGCUGUACACUGAACCCCUGCUGUGUGUCCACCAGAAACACUAUGAGUCCAUCGAAUUUGACAUCGUACCUUCACCCAACUUCUCCGUGAUCUUAGGCAUGAAGUGGCUCCGAACCCACGACCCCGAAAUUGACUGGUACAGAGGCCGCUGCACCUUCCACUCUCCCUACUGCCUGAGGAAUUGCUUCCAGGCACCCCCACCAUGCAUCGCUCUGGAGAAAUACAGCUUCAGCCUGCUGCCCGGAUUGCCACCAACAUACUCAGACCUGGCCGACGUGUUUAACCCGAAGGAAGAAGCAGAUGAUGAGACUUCCGACCAGCCAAGCUCAGACGGAUCCGAUGAUCUUUCUGAAUCAGAGCCCUCUGAGCUUCAGCAGGCUGGAGACAGUGAUCACAGAGACGUCUUUUUCGAGUGUCGUCCCAGAAAGGCUGCGAAACCUCUGCGUUCCAGGAUAGAAGACAAAGCCAGGGAGCAAGAGGAAUACUGGGUACUAUAUGACAUGCUGACUGACAGACAGGACUACAUACAGAUGAUACCAGAACUGUUUGACCAGUUACAUGGAGCUGCAUGGUUCACAAAACUAGAGGUACUUGGGGGUGAGGUUAAGGAAGAGAAUGGGAACUACAGCUUCACACGCACAGAAGACACAUGGAGAGCGGCAUUCGGGUUGACCAUGCACCAGAUGAGAUGCUACCGGCCCUUCACACAAAACUCCUACUCUGACGAAGCUGACAACGAAAUUCACUAUAUCCUAAAAGACAUCCUAGGUCUCUACGUGAUCUGCCACAGGAACGAGGUCCUGGUCUACUCCAUGAGCCAAGAGGAGCACUCCCUGCAUGUCCGCCAAGUCCUGGUCCGCUUCCGCUACCACAACGUCUACUGCUCAUUAGACAAAAGCCAGUUCCACCGCCAGACCGCAGAAAUCUUGGGCUUCGUCCUGUCCCCCAAAGGGGUAAAACUGAACAAGACCCUCAUGAACCUUAUCACGGAGUGCCCUGUCCCCCUCAACAGAAGGUGCCUACAAAGCGUGAUUGAGCUCGUCUACCCCUAUCGCCACUUCGUGGAGCACUUCGCCCUCAUCGCGGAGCCCCUGGUAAGGCAGCUGCUGAGCACAGAGCCCUUCUCCUGGGGGGAAGAGGAGCAGGAGGCCUUUGAGUCCCUGAAGAGGGCAUUCCGCAGGUCGCCCAUCCUCUACCACCCGAAGCCUCAGAACCCAUUCUACUUGGAGACAGGCACCAACGGGCCAUUCCUCUAUGCCUCCCUGCUCCAGACUGAUGAGGCAACCGGCAAAAAAGCUACCUGCGCUUUCUACUCACGACACCUCUCCCCAAUCGAGGUAGAGUACCCUCAAGUGGAGAUGAGGAUCCUCCCAAUCCGGGCUUCCUUCAUGGUGUGGUGCCGCUACCUGGAGAACACCGAGGAGCCCAUCAUGAUCCUUCUCAACACAGAGGAUCUAGCCUCUCUGAAUAAUGACAGGCUCACCGUACUUCUCCCCGGGCAUUGGGUCUUCUUCUUUUCUCACUUCAACUUUGAUGUUAUGGAGCUGCCUGAUCACCGUGAUCCCCGAGCCCUGUACCUUGGGAGAGGUCGAAUUCUUAGAGGCUUAAAAGGAAGCUAUAUGCGACCACUGCUGCUGCUGGCCAUGCGGGGAGGCCACAGGGAGCCACUCUCUGAUUCUGAGGACGAGGACGAGGAGGACAGCGAAUACAGCGAAGAAGAAUCAGAACAAGAUUCGCUGAAUGAGCCAAAUAGCUUGCAGGAGCUCCUGUCUGCCAUCCCAAUAAACCAGGUCCUCAACAGCUUCCUAGCCCGCUUUAGGGUGGCCCAAAUGCGAUCCGUUGUCCUACAUUUCUUCCGGGGCCUGCUCUUUUGGAAGAACGUCAUGGGGGUGGCAGCCCUCCUAGUGAUGAUGAGGGUGAGGCAGCAGGAGCUCUCCCCACUGCCUGCCCCCUCUUUGGAGGUGGCCAGGCCUCAGCCCCAGCCCACACUCCGACUCAUCCUGGACUCAACCCUUAUCGCAAGCAGUGGCAUGGCCGCAGCCAUCGCCCAACUGCUCAACCAGAUGCCCCAAGUAGUGGGUGCCAAUAACAUCCCUGCUCAACACCUGGCUGAGCUGUUCCUGAGCCCGAGGUGCUGGAGUCGGAAUGCCCUGCACACACAACCCCCACGGGGCAUACGGUUCACCCCUGGGUUCUGGAUGACCCUGUGUGAGUUCUUCGGGGUGAGAGCCAACCCCGAGGAGGACAGUUUUCCUGACCCGCACCAGCACCGAUACCUAGAGCUGCACGUCGUUGGUGAUGAAGAUGUCGUCUUGCGAGAAGCCCUGCAAGACGACCUGCAACGUUACCGUCAGUGUGGCCUGCAUGACGGCCUGCAAGACACCUCGCAGGACGCGCAGGACAACGACGUGCAAGAAGAGGACCUGCUUGACCGAGAAGAAGCGGUCACCGUCCGCCCACGAAACCUGAUGGACCCCGAGGUCCUAGACUUCCUCAACAACCGCCUACUCUACAUCCUUGGUGCCGAUGGCCGGCUUACUCUGCUUAGCAGAGGUGAGGUGUCCCGGGCCCUCGCACGAUUCUUCACCAUGGCCUUCAGAAUGGCCAACCUUUCCACAGCCAGGGAACGGGCAAGGCUGGAAGAACUGUCUGAUUCAGAUGAUGAACUUGACUAAACACACACCAAAGUCUCUGUUGUGCUCCCCUGUGCCUCAGCCAGCUUCGCUCAAAUCCAGUGCCCCCUCUUGUCACUCCUGACCCAAGGGAAACCCGUUUGUGAAGGGCCAUCACUUCAACUCAUCAACCAGUGAAAUCAUCUGUGCUAAAGGACAAGCUAACUGUCAGCAUUCCAGAGCCAGCCAAGACUGUGUAACCCUGUCCUAACUGUCCGGGCCCCAGGCCCACAGCCGGGAGUGAGAUCAAUGAGGAGAAAGCAGUGAUGAGCAAUGAUGACCCCAUGUCACCCCAGGCCGGAUGCAGGCACAGCAGGCGCAGCCAAGCAAGCAGAUGCCAGGGACCCCCCACCACCCGAGUGGCAUGCGGACGCCUGUGCAUCCUAGGACACUCACCUUGGGUGCUCCACUGACUUCUACCUCCACAAUGGUGUUCCAACUUCCCUGGGCCCCGCCCCCACCCCUCCCAACCUCCCAACGUGCCAUGCUUCCCACAACCCCAGCCCACCCUGCAAGCAAGCUCCACCCCCACUACCCAUCUGGUCCAGCUCCGUUGACACUUCAUCUGACCCUGAACUCUGAUCUUACCUGGGAAGAGCUGUGUUCCAUGGAGCAUCCAACAUACCAGUAUGACUUACCUGAUAGACUUGCCCGCCCUGAGGGUCCCCUGAGAAUCAGGGGACAUCACAAAGGGUGGUAGCACAAAACAGGGCUCCCUUUCCCUCCCCAAACUGAAAUGUGGACAGUGCAGGGAACAGAGACCUCACAUAAAAGGAGGGAGCCCCCAAGAGACAGGGGCAAAGUCCUAGAAGUACAGCCUACAGAGCCAAGGAGCCAAGAGUGCUCUGACCAGACCACAGCUUUCUGCCACGGGAAGGAAAUCCUUCCCGUACUUUCCCAUCCCACACCUGCUUUUGCUGUACAAAUAAAGAAAA